AGUCACAGGGACUUGAAUUACCCAAGAUCUUUAUCCAAGGCCCCUCCCAAUCAGGCCAACUGCUUUCAACAGUACGAAGGAGCAUCGCCAGAGCCCAUGCUCUGGGCCCUUGGGGACGUUCCCUCUUGGUUCCCGCUUGGUUCGAGGCAGAUAGAGAAAGCACCGCAGAAUAUUUGUCCACCCCAGGGUUCUUCUGAGUUUUGGCGGUGCCUGAAGCAUAUUGAUUCGUUCCGCGUUGCCAAACCAUUAGAAAAAGAUAUUCCUUUCUUGCAGAAAGACUUUUGGUUCUUGGCACAUCUGUAGCAGUUCAGUUGACUCCCCAUGGAAGCCCGAAAGCCACUGUAGCUGCUAAAUGUUAGGUAUUCACACGAUGCAGUGGAAGGGGCAGCUAAGAAUGCCAGCAGUUACUCUGCGGAGAUGACAGAGCCCAAGUCGGUGUGCGUCUCGGUGGAUGAGGUGGUCUCCAGCAACAUGGAGGCCACCGAGAAGGACCUGCUGAACGGGCAUCUGAAGAAGGUGGACAACAAUCUCACAGAGGCCCAGCGCUUUUCCUCCUUGCCUCGGAGGGCGGCUGUCAACAUUGAAUUCAAGGACCUGUCCUACUCGGUCCCAGAAGGACCCUGGUGGAGGAAAAAAGGAUACAAGACCCUUCUGAAAGGAAUUUCUGGGAAAUUCAACAGUGGGGAGCUGGUGGCCAUCAUGGGCCCUUCCGGGGCGGGGAAGUCCACGCUCAUGAACAUUCUGGCCGGAUACAGGGAGACUGGCAUGAAGGGGGCCGUCCUCAUCAACGGCAUGCCCCGGGACCUGCGCUGCUUCCGGAAGGUGUCCUGUUACAUCAUGCAGGACGACAUGCUGCUGCCGCACCUCACCGUGCAGGAGGCCAUGAUGGUAUCCGCACAUCUGAAGCUCCAGGAGAAGGAUGAAGGCAGAAGGGAGAUGGUCAAGGAGAUCCUGACGGCCCUGGGCUUGCUGUCUUGUGCCGACACGAGGACCGGCAGCCUCUCGGGCGGGCAGAGGAAGCGCCUGGCCAUCGCGCUGGAGCUGGUGAACAACCCUCCCGUCAUGUUCUUCGACGAGCCCACCAGCGGCCUGGACAGCGCCUCCUGCUUCCAGGUGGUCUCCCUGAUGAAAGGGCUGGCUCAAGGGGGGAGGUCCAUCAUCUGCACCAUCCACCAGCCCAGUGCCAAGCUCUUCGAGCUGUUCGACCAGCUUUAUGUCCUGAGUCAAGGACAAUGUGUGUACCGGGGAAAAGUCUCCAAUCUUGUACCAUAUUUGAGGGAUUUAGGUCUGAACUGCCCAACCUAUCACAACCCAGCUGAUUUUGUCAUGGAAGUGGCGUCCGGUGAGUACGGCGAUCAGAACGGCCGCCUGGUGAGAGCCGUCCGCGAGGGCCUGUGCGACUCGGACUACCCGAGAGAACCUGGGGACGAUGCCGAGGCGAACCCUUUCCUCUGGCACCGGCCCCCCGAAGAGGUAAAGCAGACAAAACGAUUGAAGGGGCGGAGAAAGGACUCCACCUCCAUGGAGGGCUGUCACAGCUUCUCCGCCAGCUGCCUCACCCAGUUCUGCAUCCUCUUCAAACGGACUUUCCUGAGCAUCAUGAGGGACUCGGUCUUGACACACCUGCGGAUCACCUCUCACAUUGGCAUCGGCCUGCUCAUCGGCCUGCUGUACCUGGGGAUUGGCAACGAAGCCAAGAAGGUCCUGAGUAACUCCGGCUUCCUCUUCUUCUCCAUGCUGUUCCUCAUGUUCGCGGCCCUCAUGCCCACCGUGCUCACGUUUCCCCUGGAGAUGGGAGUGUUUCUUCGGGAACACCUGAAUUACUGGUACAGCCUGAAGGCCUACUACCUGGCCAAGACCAUGGCCGACGUCCCCUUCCAGAUCAUGUUCCCGGUGGCCUACUGCAGCAUCGUGUACUGGAUGACAUCGCAGCCGUCCGACGCCGUGCGGUUCGUCCUGUUUGCUGCGCUGGGCACCAUGACCUCGCUGGUGGCACAGUCCCUGGGCCUCCUGAUCGGAGCUGCCUCCACAUCCCUGCAGGUGGCAACCUUCGUGGGCCCUGUGACGGCCAUCCCCGUCCUCCUCUUCUCGGGAUUUUUCGUCAGCUUUGACACCAUCCCCACCUACCUGCAGUGGAUGUCCUACAUCUCCUACGUCAGGUACGGGUUUGAAGGGGUCAUCCUGUCCAUCUACGGCCUGGACCGAGAGGACCUGCACUGCGACAUUGACGAGACCUGCCACUUCCAGAAGUCGGAGGCCAUCCUGAGAGAACUGGACGUGGAGAACGCCAAGCUCUACCUGGACUUCAUCGUGCUGGGCGUCUUCUUCAUCUCGCUGCGCCUCAUCGCCUACCUGGUCCUGCGGUACAAAAUCCGGGCGGAGAGGUAAGGCGCCCGCAAGCCACGAGGAGAAAGGACACUCACCGCCAAGGGCACCUCACGGACGCGUGGUGGCCAGCCUGUGCCCGCGGACGGACGCAGGGACCACUGUGGCCCAAUCCUGAGCCGCCACAUCUGCGCGGGGCCAAGUGUUCAGCAGCCCCGCCCGGGGCGGCCUCUCUCCAGCUUUGCCAGGGAGACGACGGAGGAAGGAUGAGUUCCACACGCAGACUCCAAACCUGUACCGAAGCUGGUGGCAGGCCUCCUCCGUGACGUCCCUGCUCGUGACCGGGCAGCUCUGUCCCGCACAGACGGACAGGGCACGCGCGCCUGUCGCGGGCCUCGGUCGUGCGUCCCGGGGAGAAAGGCGAAGAGGGAAGUGGUUCCAUUUUAUGACUUGUUUUCACAGUUUUCAUCUUUCUACAGUUAGUCUCUUUUUCCGAUGAGAAGUCGCUUUCCAAGCCAAAAGUCGACAAAUUUCAUCGUAAGAAACUGUGUUUGCAGAACUGGUCGCAGAGCAUUGUCCCGGGUGAGCUGGCCUCGCGGGCGGACGGGCCGCAGGCGCGGGAGGCGCCGGGUAGAGGAGACGGGCUAUGGACACACUAAACGUGCCGAAUUUUCAAAUGUCACAAAGCGUCGGAAGGCGACAUUGGCCAAGUCUUCCGAAGUCUCUUAUUGCCCUGAGCUUCUUAUUUUAAGCAAAAUAUAUGGUUUCUUUCUUUCUAAGUUUCUGAGCACCUUAAUUUUGCCUAAAGAAUUCCAGAAGAUCCACCCUGUUGGGUUUUUGCAAACGUUUUCCCUUUCCUCAUAUAUCACAUCAACUACCUCCACUGAACCUGGGGGCUGGCCGCGGGCCCCCAGGUGCGACGCUGAGGUCCCGGGGCAGCCGGACCGAGAACGGACUGCAGGUGGAAGCCGCCGAGCCCUGCUCGAGUCCGAGGCCCGGGCACGACCGCAGGCACUUAGCGUGGGGAGGUGUCCGUAGCGCCGUCAGACGAGGCUGUGGGUGAGUCCGUCCCGGAGGCUGGUUCUGCUGGCAGCUCAGCGGCACCCACUGUUAGUGUCUGGUUUGUGUCCACCUCGCAGGCCGAAGCCCUGCUUCCCAGAGACACAGUCGCAUGAGUAAUCCCUCUAGGGCAGGGACAGUGAUUCCUGCAGGUGAACAGCCUUCGACCUGCGAACAGAAAGCCGCGUGCCUGCCGGCCGUCAGGCGGUGUCCACAGGGCAGGGGGUGCUUCUGGCCAAAGGUCAUCUGAAGGCAAAUGGAGCUGCCUUGGCCCCCUAGAACAUCGUCAUUCUGGAAUCAGGGUCCCCUAAUGAAAGAUUGUAUUUUUGUGGGCAAAUUCAUGAACCUCUCUGACCCUCAGUUUCCUGUUCUGUAAAUAAUGGCACUAGCUAGUCUUCAAGGCCAUUUCAGCUCUAAAAGAGUCCUUGGUUCUGUUCCCAAAACUCUUAGCUCCUACUUCAGAGAAUGAAAAGAGUUCCAUUUUUAUUUGCACAUGCAUCUGAUUCCCCAGUGCUUAGAGAUCCCAUUUUCACCCUUCGGUCUUUUCUAGCAAACACAAUGGAGGUAUAUUACAAUGUAGUUUUAAGUUUGCUCGUUGGACACAAAUAUAGCAACAUUGCCUUCUCGACCAUGUUAUUUAACCAGGGUCAAACUUCGCCUUUGUAAAAAGUCGUCUUUGAAUUUCAAGAUAGAUUUGCCUGUAAGACAUCACACGUAGGAACAGCCCAGUGCAAUGUGGAGUUGGGAGGAGGAGAAAGUCCCGUCAGCCUCCGAAUCACACCAGGUGAGGUCGGUGUUUCAAGACCUCUCCUGCGGGUGAGCCCUUUGGUGGCGGCCCUGUGACCUGCUAAGGACGUGCAUGCCAGGAACUGUCCUGAGUGUGGUCGACCCUCUCACUCACUAAGCCCACAGUGUUGUGUCUCAGCAGUUUCCAAAGGAAACAGGGAGACUCCUUUAGAUUUAAAAUCUCACCUCCAAGCACACCUAAGCCCUCGGAAGGAAUGAUUUCCACAGGACUUCAUGCUCUUGCGUUUCAGUUUUUUACUGUUAGCAGAUUACAUUCACCACUCAAUAGACAAACAGCUGACUAGGUCUCCCCCUACCCAGGGGCAGAUCUUUGGGGACGAGAGGGCUGUCGGGCCACUAGAAGGAAAACCGCCUGCAAAGUAACCAGGGCUAUUUUUAAAGGAUGCUGAGUGGAGAGUAGCAGGUGUACUAAGUCAGCACCCGGAAUAAUUUGCCUCUAAAGAACUAAAGCCAUGUUGGGUAAGGAUGCAUCACCUCUUGGAUGCUGCCUUCACCCCAAUUCAACGACUGCACUUGUACUUUGUCAUUAUAAACCCUUCAGAGCUUUUACCGAAAAGCCGCUGUUCCGUUCCGAUCUCCAGAUAUUUGCCCUCUGCUCUAGUCUAGGGUCGUCUGAGAACACACCUUAUUCCAGUGGCCUAAGAUCACCUCUGAGCAAUGUGUUGGUUUAUUCUUCUGAAUGCUGGGUCCAGAGGCAGGCGGUGAUGAGCCGGUGUUCCUGCAGCAGAAUGUAACCCGGGCCAGCUUCCCAAAUCCGAUGCCCUGCAGUCACUUCCGGGUGCAGUGACGCAGACCCUCCUCCCACUUCUGAUGGCUUCUGGGUGUAGAGAAGGGUGAGCUUGGGUACAAGAUGCUCGGCUUCUCCGGAGGUUGGCAGAAGGCCAAUGGAAGCCCAGGGAACCUCACUUUGAAAUGAAACUUGUCAGGACAGAAGGGGACACCUGGGAUUCUAGCCACUGUCCUGGGUCCAAGACAGCACCGGGGCCUGGUCUCUGCUGACCAGCCCCACUCUGGGAGCCUGUCCCCACUGGGAGCAUCCUGUGCCCCCGUCUCUGAUGCUUAUUGGAUGUCAGUUAGAGAGUGAAAUUCUUUAGAGCUGUGGGUGACGUGGGAGACUGUCCAGAAAGGGAAGAAACCUUCCGUGAACAUUUACACAGAAGGUGCUGGGGAGGGCUUCAGGACCAGGAAAUGGGACAUAAGCUUUCAGGUUAGAAACUCGUCCAUAGAAAGGUCCAUCUUCCUGCCCUGAGAAGGGCACGGCCAGCACGUCAGGGACAGGCCAUGGCCAUGAGGUUGGAAUCACCAUGGUGGUUUCCCUGAGAAAAACUGAGCGACAGUGCAUUGAGCAUCUUUCUCCGUCAAGUGUUCCGGGCUCUGGGCUGCUGCCUUAGGACUUCCUCCAUGCGCUCACUCAGCGAGCGUCCACUGACCAUCCCGAGCUUGGUGCUGUCUGUCCCAGGCACUGGGCUCGGAAGGGGAGCCCGGGUGUGGGCCAGCCUCCAGCACAGGCAGGUGGGAGGGGCCCGUGCCCACAGCGCUCUGUCCAUCCUGGAGAUGCGGACAGCUGGCUGGCAGAGGGGUCCCCAGUCCCAGGGCCAGGAAAGAGCGGAUUUGGAAUUCGAGCCCCAGUCUGACCUCAAAGUCUCCAUUUCUUCUUUUUUGUGUGUGCUUUGCCACACUGCCUCCUGUUCAAAGUGUAAAAAUACACAUGGAAAUACCCUGUAAGGUGUACAACACACUGCUGGCUUAGAGGCUGUUCAUUCUGCACUAGCUAUCACCAAACAGACAGCUGAGAUGGGAGGGUGGCCAUGCCCCUCCCGGCAAUGUCUUCGCCUUGGGGCGUCCAGAGCUGGCCCGGCUGAGCUCAGUCCUGCCUCCGUGGGUGCACGGUGCCUUCCUCUGCCCUCGCACAGUCUUAGCUUCCUCACACAGCUCACCUGUGGACGAGCUCGGGCAGAGGGGCUGGCGUGUGUGCCUGUGUGUGUGUGUGUACCACACAUGCACACAUGCAGGCUUGUGCUAGGCUGUAUGUCAUCGUAUUACUCUGUGGUGUUUCCUGCCUCUAUGAACCCUCAAUCAUCUUUUACUCCGAGAAGAAAGAGAAUUCCCACACUCCGUGCCUGCCAUGCAGAUGGUAAGAACGUCGUCCAAACCCCGUAAGGAUCACAUCCACUACCAGCUAAAUGACAAUGUGACAAAAAGUAAAACAGAACAGGUCAAAGGGGGUGUGCAGAGUGUCUGGAUACAAAGUUACAUUCUCGCGAGAAAUAACGACUGCUAAUAAAAUAUUUUACAU